CACACGGCACGUAGAAUUUACGAAAUGCCGAGUCAGCAUGAUGUCAUAAUGGCUGACUCACGAUUCUGGUUCCACUGUGACGUCGGUGUAAACCUCGAAUAAAGUCUAGAAUUUCUCACUGUACAAAUAAACAGCAGUGAACCAACCACUAAAGUUUUCUGGAGUAGAUUAUGAGCUCAAGCAUAUCUCUUGUACGCUGUAUAAAGAAUAACAUCAGAAGUAUGAGAUUUUCAAGCUACAGAAUUCAAUAUUUGGUCAUUGCUACUGUGUUUCUAGGUUUUUAUCUACUAUUUUCACAAGUUAUGGAGAUAAAAAACCUACAGAAGAAACAACUGCGUGCGUUAGAUGCAAAACAGUUCAAUCUAAAUCCGGUUCAAUCUAAUACUGCAGUGGCUUCAUCUAAACCAAAAUAUUGGCUUGCAGCUAAGAGUGCGGACACACCACACAUGGAACACGUAAGAAAUGUGUUUAAAGCCGCUGGGUUUGAUCGUUGGGAUACGAAGACAGGGACCUGGGACGUUAUGUGGUCGUAUGAUUACCCAUUCCCAUCUAAAGUUAGCCCCUCAAAUCUAAAGCCUAACCAACUUAUAAAUCAUUUUCCUGGUUCUGGAUAUCUCACCAGCAAAGUAUAUCUUGCAAGUUCCAAGUCAAGGUAUAUACCAACAGCAUUCCAACUGCCCAAAGACAAAGAGGAUUUUAAAAAGCACGUUCAGAAUAACCCAGAUAAACUAUGGGUGCAGAAAAAUAACCAACACCGGGGAAUUACCAUUAAAGCAAUGAAAGAGUUAAACUUGGACGCCUCGAAUAGUUUUGUGCAAGAGUUUGUAAAAGAUCCUCUCUUAGUCGAUGGAAAGAAGUUUGACAUUGGUAUAUAUACUGUUAUCACAUCUGUCGACCCUCUAAGAGUGUAUGUUUACAAAGGAGAAUGGCUGAUAAGAUAUUGUCCAGAGCCGUACUUACCACUUGAUGUUAACAAUCCAAACAAAUAUGUUGUUGCAGAUGAUUAUACACCUACGUGGGAGAUGCCUUCGUUACGAUACAUGUACAACAAGCUCCACAUGUCGCAUAAAAACUCCUUGCUUGAGUUUAUUCGUUCAUUAGAAAAAAAUCCUGAGAAACUAGAAGCUGACAUUUACUCUGCUGUUGCUGAAAUUAUUCGUGAAAAACAAAACGACAUCAAAUCUGCUGGGGCCAGUUAUCCAUAUGGGUCUGAUUCGUUUUUCGAACUUGUACGGUUUGAUUUUGUGCUUGGAGCUGACUUGAAGGUUUAUUUGAUGGAGGUAAACAUGUCUCCCAACCUGUCAAGUGCUCAUUUUGAGGUAAAUGCCUUGAUGUACGAACAAGUUGUGUUUAAUACAUUAACAUUAGCUGGUGUUGCAACUAGAACUUCAAGAAUUGGUUUGAAAAGUCCAGGAUCAGAGGAGAACAUUGAUGUUCAACAGCGCGACAUCUCUGUAUACGACACACAGUGUAUUAAAUGUGAAAACUGUGACACGGAUAUUUGUAAACUGUGCGCAACCUGCUUGUCACAUCAGCUUCAGAAUGAUUUAACCACAGCAUACCUUGAACACACCAACAAAGUUCGAUCGCAAAGAGUAAUCCCUCCACCCAUGACCCCUGAGCAUAAAGAAGACUUCACUGAUUUGCCGGAGCGAGACAGGCUGACAGCUCUAUGGUUUAAAGGGAUGUGUUUAAAGGACACUGCUUGGUGCAAUUGAUAUGGGGGCUCUAUACUGAAACGAGAUUUUUUUCUGCGCAUGUGAGGCACACCAGCUUCAAAAUUCAACCAAAAUUGGAACCAACAACCAAAGACGACUUUCACUAUGAAGACCAUGGGACCAGCAAUCGGAUUUGUUUUGACCGUCUUCUUCUUUCGAGCAGGAGUUGGCAUUAACACAAAUCUUCUACGAAGUAUUCUGGUGAACCAAGUUUCUGUUGGUUGCUCUGCCGUCUGUUCUGACAGCAAUUCAGCUUGCGCUACAUGGAAGUUGUACACACCAACGAUGUGUUCUGGUGCCUUGAGAUUGAUGUGUCAACGGACUUGUGCAGUUUGUACACCAUGUGGCGAAACGUCCGCUGAAGCAAGAGCAAGCAUGGGCAUCACAAGUGCUACAACAUGCGACAUUAACUGUAGAAAUCAACUCGGUGAGACGUACUGUGAUGCAAUAUACGCAAGGAAUAUGUGCACUGGCGCAAACCGAGCUGGUUGCAUGAAGUCGUGCAAAGUGUGUGCGGGGUGCAAUCUUCCACCUGCAAAACCACCAUGCCGAAACGAUUGUGCUGAUUAUAAUAAAGAUUGUGAUUACUGGAACCAGAUGGGUUACUGUAUGGGAGAAGGGCAGUAUCCCCAUACAAGAAUCGCUUGUCCACUGAGCUGUAUGGUGUGUCAGAAAUGCGGAGGCGGCCAAGACGGCGCUCGGGGAAAUAGCACAGCCGCCGGUGGGCAGCAGGGAGCAAGUGGCAGCACAAAUCAAGGGCAACCUGGUGGAAAUACUGUGCAAGCACAACUGACCGAGCAGAGAAGCGCCGCACGUUCUGGGUUGGGAGAAUAUACAUCGUUUUCACAAGGAUAGAUGGUAUAACACUGGACUAGUGUUGUUUUACAAAAAUUGUACUAAAAUUGUAGCCUAUGUAUAAUAAUAUUGUAGCCUAUACCGAUACGUUGAGAGCAAUCUGUUUAAUUAAACAUGAAACAGGCAGUAAAUGCAACUUGCAUAUGCUACAUAUUUUUCGAAAAUAAUAUCUAAAAUUUAAAAGUUAAUAAUUGUGUUUUUAUGUGUAAGAUUUAUUACAAACCGCCGACAUAUCGAUUAUACCAAUUCCGCGAUUUUAGACUAAUGUAAUAAUGAGUUGUAAUAAAGAGUUCCUGAUGUACUUUGCUAUUUUAUAUUUCAUGAUGUUGUGUUUUACUUGAACCAUUGCCUGAGAGACGAUCCAUGGUUUUUCAGUGACAUCGGUUAUUUCCCUUAGGUCUUGUACUGAUAUGUAUUAAAAUAGAUUGAACGUUACAAUAAAUACGCCAAUUUAGACUAAAUGCGCGAUUCUGGAAUAUAUGAGCAAUUCUUUAGGUUCUUUUUUAAAACGCGAGUAUAGACUAAAUACGAGACUUUGUACUAAAAACGAGUUUUCAGAGCUUCUGCGUCAGAUAUACGAGCAGGCAAAGUUGUUCCUUUGGUUUCAGGCAGUUUAAGAAUGGACAUUAGAGAUGAUAUCAACGCCAACGAUCCCAUUACUAUGAAGGGGACGAAUUCACUCGUAGUUUCACC